UAAGAGGGAACCCAAAAAAUCAGGAAAAGAUAAGGAAACAGGGCAAGAAAACCUCAAAGACUACUUUCACUGCUACUUUGAGCUAGAACCGGAAAUGGGUUCCUCACCGUUUCUCUUCUUCAUGCUUCACCUCUUAGUAUUCUGCUGUGGGCGGGCAUUUUCCAAGAAUGCAGAGUUGGGAGCUUUGAUGAGCCUAAAGGCCAGUCUUGAUCCAGAAAGCAGGUUGCUUGUUUCAUGGACAGGAUCAGGUGACCCGUGUGGUGGUUCGUUUGUGGGAGUUGCAUGUAAUCGCAGGGGUCAGGUUGCUAAUAUUUCUCUGCAAGGUAAAUGGCUCUCAGGGAAGCUGUCUCCGGCGGUUGCUGAGCUCAGACACUUGACUGGGCUGUACUUGCACUACAAUGCUCUGUAUGGAGAGAUACCCCGAGAAAUUUCAACCUUGAGCGAGCUCACUGAUUUGUAUUUAAAUGUUAAUAACCUUUCCGGAGAGAUCCCUCCUGAACUUGGAAAUAUGGGCAGCUUACAAGUUUUGCAGCUUUGUUAUAAUCAAUUUACUGGAAGUAUACCAACGCAGCUGGGGGCUCUAAAGAAGCUAAAUGUUCUUGCUUUGCAAUUUAAUGAGUUAACUGGUGCAAUCCCUGCAAGCUUAGGCGACUUGGGGUCGUUGAUGAGACUAGACUUGAGUUUUAAUCGCUUAUUUGGCUCAAUCCCGACAAAAUUAGCUGAUGCUCCAAUUCUUGAAGUUCUAGACGUCCGAAACAACUCACUCUCUGGAAAUGUUCCUAAUGCUUUGAAGCGAUUGAUUGGAGGAUUUCAAUACGAGAACAACCCAGGUUUAUGUGGAGCUGGUUUUUCAUCUUUAAGGGCUUGCACUGCUUCAGAUCGCCCGAAUCCAAGUAGACCUGAACCUUAUGGUGGUGGCCCAACUGGUCUGUCAACAAGAGACAUUCCAGAGACAGCUGAUCUAAGAUUGAACUGCAGUGAAACUCAUUGCUCAAAAUCGUCUAAAGCCUCGCAGGCUUCUGUCAUUGUUGGAGUACUUGUGGUUUGUAUCAUUGUGUUAGUUAUCGGAAUUCUCAGUUUCUCCCACUAUCAUCGCAAACAAAAACUUGAGAACGCAUCGGAUGCACAAGAUAGCCGCCUGCCUACUGAUCAUGCCAAGGGUGCUCAGAGGAAGAAUGGUUCUCCGCUUAUCAGCCUUGAAUAUCCCAGUGGGUGGGAUCCACUCGCGGAGGGUCGACAUUUUGGUGAUGUCUCCCAAGAGUUUAUGCAGAACUUCAGGUUUAAUCUGGAAGAGGUGGAAUCAGCUACUAGGUACUUUGCCGAGAAAAACUUAUUGAGUAAAAGCAACUUCUCUGCUACUUAUAGAGGAAGCCUAAGAGAUGGAUCAGUUGUUGCUGUUAAAAGCAUUUCAAAAACUUGCUGCAAGUCAGAGGAAUUAGAGUUCUUAAAGGGACUGAACAUACUAACCUCGUUGAGGCAUGAGAAUGUGGUUCGUCUAAGAGGCUUCUGCUGUUCCAAAGACCGGAAAGAGUGUUUUCUUAUUUAUGAUUUUGUUCAAAAUGGAAAUUUGUUGCAGUAUUUUGAUGUUGUGGAUGGCAGUGAUCAUGUCCUUGACUGGUCAACAAGAGUUUCUAUAAUCAAUGGAAUUGCAAGAGGUAUUGAGUAUUUACAUGGAUACAAGGUGAAUAAACCUGCCCUUGUUCACCAAAACAUUUCUGCUGCGAGUGUGCUGAUUGAUCAACGAAACAGACCUUUGCUUUCUGAUUCGGGUCUCCACAAAUUACUUACUAAUGAUACUGUCUUCUCAACACUCAAGGAUAGCGCUGCGAUGGGAUAUUUGGCUCCUGAGUACAGUACUACUGGCCGGUUUACAGAGAAAAGUGAUAUUUAUGCAUUUGGGGUACUUUUGUUUCAAAUCCUUUCUGGGGUUCGAAAAGUAACCAGCACAAUGCAAGCUGCUGCUGACUUAGGAAAAACUCAGGACUUCAUGGAUAGAAAUCUCCAUGGAAAGUUCUCUGAACCUGAGGCCAUAAGGGUUGGGAAGGUUGCUUUGUGGUGUAUCCAUGAAUCUCCAGAGGAAAGACCUGGAAUUGAGACAGUUCUACAGGAGCUUGGUAACUGCACUAACUUUUCCUAGAACUCAAAGGUUCUUAUUCACAGGUAUUGAUUUUGUAAUGUUCCGUGCUAAUUAUGAUUUGUGGUCGAUUGCUACUAACCACUUACAGAUGACGGACUCUUUACAGAGAUUGUAAUGCAAAGUACUCUCAAUGAGGACUAAACUUUAUGUGAAAUUAGCUAGUGGUGGUUUUUACUUGUGUCGCAACCUACUGUUUGAAUGCUAAUCAUGAUUUAUGGUAGAUUGCAACUAACCACUUACUGAUGACGGACUCUUUAGAGAGAUUGUAAUGCAGAGUCCUCUCACCGAGGGCUAAACUU